AUAUUUUGUCUGGGAAGUUUGUAAAGCAAUAAUAUUUGUGUCCUAGUGUACACCCAAAUAAGUAAUUGUAUUUAAUAUUUCUAAAGAAAUUAGAUAUGAUGAGCUAGAAAUCAAGAUAUUACAGUAUGACGACGGGAAGUAGUAAUUCGGAAGCGUCGGACAAUACUGAGCUUCCGGACGAGCUCGUCUGCAUAUUUAAGUCGCUUGCCAGCAACGACAAAAUAAUUUUUAAGUCCCAACAAAUCGACGAUCCAGAACUAAUGCCAGCGCAAAAACAAGAAAUAGCCCACAACGCCUUCAAGAGGAACCGGAAAAACUUUCUUAUUCGUUUUGGCCAGUACCUAAACGAAAGCCAAAUUGAUGAUUUCUUGGCAGUUGGAUUGCAGUCAUCAGAGGCUUUUCAGCCAACGGAGGAUUUCGAUGACAUGUGCUUGCUGCUGGAGGAUUUUAGACGUAAACUGCAGACGCGGAGCAUCUGCGUGAAAAACCGACGGUAUGUGGCAAUGAGGCAGUUGCUGGACCAGGGCGAGUAUUUCAGUGAGCACGAGAUGAUGCAGCGUGCACCCGAGCUGUAUGAUGAACUUGUUGGCCAGUAUAUGACGGAGGAGGAGAAGAAAGAGCGAGACAGCUACGAUGUGCGUAGCACCACUUUUUCUGGCAUACUUAUGCACACGCUGGAGCAGAAACAGCGUGACGAGCUGCUGGAACAAGUUAGGGAAGAAACAGCGCCACAAACAUCUGAGCCAGCAACAACGAAUCCAGAGUUCGAGGUACCAGCAGAAUGCCGCAAACAGUGGGGUGGAUUCGAUAAUGACGAGCCAGUUGCCUGUUCCACGAGUCGCGCCACAACAAUGAAUUCUAUAAAUAAUAGUGCAAAGCCUGCUUGUUACUAUCCUGGUGAGCGCGAAUUGCUCCGACAUGAAUUCAUGAGCAUCAUGAAGGAGCGUUUUAUUAGCGGCGACGACAAAGACUUCGACUAUACAGCAGUGGACGAGAAUGCGUUGCUGGAUGAUUUAAAGCAAAUCGAACAAGAUGAGGAGGAUGCCUACUUCGAGGCAAGCGACAAUGAAGAAGCUACUGAGUCGGCGAAGCCUGUCCACAGCAGCGAAGACAGCGAGGAUGAGCUGGAAGUCUAUAUGAGGCAUCUUCAUAAUCAUCACAGUCUACAACAUUAGUUUUAGUUUAGCUUUAUUCGUAGCAUAAAUUUUUGCUCUAUAACAAAUAGAAGCCGCCCCUCAACAA